AUGUCGUUCCUGUUCAGGGCCUUUGAUUCCUCCACAUCCUCUCCCACCUCACCAACUGCUGUAGAAGCCAUGGCUGCUCGCAUCCAGACGCCAGAGCUGGCUGUUGCGCGGAUCGCCUACCUUGCUAGCGAUGUCAUCAUCUCCGUUCAACCCUCAAAUGCCACUGAUUCCUCCUUCUCAAGCCACCUGAGGCAGCUCUCCACAAGUGGGAGUCGCAGCUUAGUGGCAACCACCCCAGACUCUAUCCCAGAGAUUCUAACCACCCGACACAAUGCCGAUCCUUUGCUCUCGGCCUACCAACUAGCUCGAUCAGGCCGCUUGCUCUCCGUCACGACACCCUCUACCAUCCUUCUCCCAUCCAUUGCCCAUCUUUACAAGCUCGCCAACCUCCCCGUCGUCAUUCACGUCUCCCUCUAUCCCACCCCCAAUGCCGAUUACUCUCCCAUCACAGCAAUUCGUGGCUCAGGAUGGACCUUCUUGCAGUCCGAGACCCUGCAGGAGGCUCAGGACAUGGCCAUCACUGCCCAUGCGCUAGCUUUAAGGUCCGGGAAGGGUGUCAUCCACUUCUUCUCCCCUGAGACCUCGGCCCGUGACGAGCCCAUCCCAAUUGAGGAUAUCCCCUUGGUGCGGGAGCUGCUUGAUAUGGACACCGUUCGAAGGCUCCAAUCGUCCUCCACACCGGGAACCACCAUCUACGCGGAUGAUGGGCAAGUAGCGGUCACCCAAACCCAGCCCUUGCCUGUAGCCACCGCCCAAUUAGAUAUCAAUCGUCUCCACCUUGAUGUCCAGAAUACGCCCUCCAAGUCAGGCUCCUCCAGGAAUUCUGAAGGCCACGGAAGCCAGUCUAGCACUCCUCCCCACACAUCUAGCUCCCCCGCCACCUCCAUUGAACCGCACGCCUUCCAGGUGACAUCGGAAGAUGUCUACAAGUAUGUCAAUGGCAUUUGGCAGCAGAUGAAGAUCGUCUUCGGCCGCGAAUACCACGCUUUCGAGUACACCGGGCCGGAAGAUGCCGAGAACUGCAUCUUCGUUUUCGGAGCCGACACUGGUCUCUUUGCCGAGGCCAUUGACAACGCCAAAUCCGACGAGGUAUUUGCCAAGAUCGGUCUUUUGACGCCACGGCUUUAUCGCCCGUGGUUGGGUGCUGUCCUCCUCGAGGCAAUUCCACGAGCCGUUAAGAGGAUUGCAGUGCUGGAACAGACUUACAGGAAGACGACGAAAUGGGGUCCCUUGCUUCUAGAUAUCUUGUCUACCGUCAAGGGUGGAUUAAGCGGCGUCAACACCGUCGUUGGAUAUCAACUGGGGCAUAUAACGGCUGAGACGGCGACUCAGGCGCUUAGGGGUGUUGUCCAAAACCUCACCUCCGAAACCCCGAUUCAAAAUCUCCCCGUUGGCCUACCUGAGGCUGCCCCUUCAGCGAACGAAUAUAGUCUCGAGAAGCCAAAGGUAGAGACUGCCUACAUGAAGAUUCUGGACCAGCUGUUCGGAAAGCGCGUCUACCUUGCCAACGCGCUCUCGUCUAGCAACGCCGGCAUCUCUGCCACUAUUUCCGCGUCCCCCGAGUUUGGAUUCGGAUCUCUCUUGGCCCGGAGGGAACACCGUGGCCGGUUCGUGAAUGAAGUCAAGGAUGCCAUCAAGAGCGGUGCUUUCAUCACAGACGCCCCUUCGACGUGGUUGACGAGGUGGUCCCUGAACGCAGAGGACCCCGUGAAGAGCGGGGAGCUGGCUGACGAUGUGAUUUCGAGACUCGAGACUGACGGAUCGUCCCUUGCCAAGAGUCUUCUCCAGCACAAGGGCCUUUUCCGAAAGGAGUCCCUUUGGCUAGUCGGAUCCGAUGCUUGGGCCUACGACCUGGGCAACUCCGGUGUCCACCACGUCCUCGCUUCGGGAGCCAACGUGAACAUGCUUAUCAUCGACUCUACGCCUUACUCCGAACGGGCUGCCGCUGACGCGAAUCGACGAAAGAAGGACAUUGGCCUUUACGCGAUGAACUUCGGCAACGCUUACGUGGCCUCCGUCGCCGUCUAUAGCUCGUACACACAGGUUCUCCAAGCUAUGCUCGAAGCGGAUAAGUUCGAGGGUCCUUCCGUUGUCCUAGCCUAUCUUCCCUACUUCGGAGAACACGACUCUCCCUUGACGGUUCUUCAGGAAACCAAGAAGGCUGUCGACAUUGGCUACUGGCCACUUUACCGCUGGGAUCCAACCAACGAGAGUCGAGGCGAGCUUAACUUCUCUUUGGACUCUGAACGCAUCAAGGCCGAGUUGAAGGAGUUCCUUGACCGCGAUAAUCAGCUAACCCAGCUGAUGCGGAAACACCCUCGCUUCGGGCCUAACCUGGCGGAGGACUACGGCACCGAGGUCCGCGCUGAGCAGAAGCGCAAGGCUAAGGAUGCCUACAAUCAACUGCUAGAGGGUCUUUUCGGCGAGCCCCUUACCGUCCUCUUUGCUUCGGACAACGGAACGGCCGAAAUGAUCGCGAAGAGGUUGGCGAACCGCGGUAAGGCCCGCGGCUUGAAGGCGGCUGCCCUGGCGAUGGAGGACUACCCCGUCGAGGACUUGCUCACCGAGCAAAAUAUUGUCCUGGUCACCGCCACUGCCGGUCAGGGCGAGUUCCCUCAAAAUGGCCGUCCCUUCUGGGAUGCUAUCAAGGACUCUACCGAUCUUGAUCUAGCCACCGUCAAGUACUCCGUCUUCGGCCUCGGUGACAGCCACUACUGGCCUCGCAAGCAGGAUAGGAUCUACUAUAACAAGCCUGCCAAGGACUUGGACCGGGUUCUCACCAACUUGGGCGCCUCCCGCCUCGCGGACAUUGGGCUUGGCGACGACCAGGAUCCCGAUGGCUACCAGACGGCCUACCAAGAAUGGGAGCCCAAGAUCUGGCAAGCGCUCGGCGUGGAUAACGUCGAGGGUCUACCCGAGGAGCCGCCGCCGCUGACGAACGAGGACAUCAAGCUGGCUUCUAACUACUUGCGCGGAACCAUUGUCGAAGGAUUGAGGGAUACCUCUACCCUCGCAAUUUCAGCUGCAGAUUCACAGCUCACCAAGUUUCACGGAACUUACAUGCAGGAUGACCGCGACAUUAGGGAAGAGCGCAAAGCCCAAGGUCUCGAGCCGGCCUACUCGUUCAUGAUUCGAUGCAGAUUGCCCGGCGGUGUCGCGACGGCCAAGCAGUGGAUCCAGAUGGAUGACAUCAGCACGUCUCUCGGAAACGAAACCAUGAAGCUCACCACCCGACAGACCUUCCAGUUCCACGGCGUUAUCAAGACCAAAUUGAAGCCCGCCAUGCAAGCCAUCAACCGUGCCCUCCUCACCACCAUCGCCGCCUGUGGUGACGUCAACCGUAACGUCAUGUGCAGCAGCCUUCCGACGCAGUCCAAGCUCCACGGCGAGGUUUGGAAGUGUGCCAAGAAGAUUAGCGACCACCUCAUCCCCGCUACCUCGGCGUACCACGAAAUCUGGCUCACGGACGACAACGACGAGAAGACCCAGGUUGCUGGUGACGCCGUACAAGAUUUCGAACCCCUCUACGGACCUACGUACCUGCCGCGUAAGUUCAAGAUUACUAUUGCCGUACCGCCGCACAAUGACACGGAUGUGUACGCGCACGACAUCGGCCUGAUUGCCAUCAAGAACGAGGAUGGCGACCUUGAAGGAUUCAACAUGCUCAUCGGUGGUGGUAUGGGAGCUACGCACAACAAUAAGAAGACUUAUCCCCAGAUCGGCCGGAUGCUCGGCUUUGUCCCCAAAGACCAGAUCGAAAUUGCCUGCGAGAAGGUUAUGCUCGUGCAGAGGGACUUUGGCGACCGGAAGAACCGCAAGCACGCCCGUCUAAAGUACACGGUCGACGACAUGGGCGUCGAGGAGUACAAGGCUAAGGUUGAGAACCUGUGGGGUCACACCUUCGGAAAGGAGCGACCCUUCAAGUUCGAGAGCAACGUGGAUACCUUUGGAUGGACCAAGGACGAGCUCGGCCUGAACCACUUCACCUUCUUCAUCGAGAACGGCCGCAUCGAGGACACUCCGGACUUCCAGAUGAAGACUGGCCUACGGGAAAUCGCCAAGGUUCACAAGGGCGAGUUCCGCCUCACAGGCAACCAGCACGUUAUUCUCAGCAACGUCGCAGACGAGGACGUCGGCGCCAUCAACGCGCUGAUGAAGAAGUACAAGCUGGACAACGUCAAGUUCUCUGGUCUGCGCCUCAGCUCGUCCGCCUGCGUGGCUUUCCCCACGUGCGGUCUCGCCAUGGCCGAGAGCGAGCGGUAUCUCCCGGUGCUCAUCGGCAAGCUCGAGGCGACCCUCGAGGAACACGGCUUGCGCCAGGACUCCAUCGUCAUGCGCAUGACGGGCUGCCCCAACGGCUGCGCGCGUCCCUGGUUGGCUGAAGUUGCGUUUGUUGGCAAGGCGUACGAGACGUACAACAUGUACCUCGGCGGUGGUUAUCACGGCCAGCGCUUGAACAAGUUGUACAGGGCUAGCAUCAAGGAGGAGGAAAUUCUGACCAUUAUGAAGGGCCUCUUGAAGCAAUAUGCUGCUGAGCGAAAUCCCGGUGAGAGGUUUGGAGACUUCUGCAUCAGGGCGGGUAUCAUCCACGCCACUGCGGAGGGUAGAGAUUUCCACGAGAAUGUUGCCGAGGAUGAUGGAUCUGACGAGGAGUAA